UUUAGGAACCGGCCCCUCCAACCCCAAAGUCCCCAACAAAGUUUAUAUGUUGCUUGUCAUUUUCCAUAUAUUUCCUGAAGAGUGCGAUGUUUUUCCAACAGAGGGGAUGAUUCUCUGGCAUCAUAUUGGAGGAAAUGCUGGAAAUGGGACAGUAAAGUGGGGUAUUUGCAAAGUUCAGUGUGUUGUCUUCUAAUUUCCUUAAGUUUUAUUUGGCCGUAAAAGUAGUGCCCAAGUCAAGUCUUGAGUGUUGCAACGUAAAGCCCACACCACAUGAGGUGGUAGGACUAUUGAUCAUGUUUGCCCAGGGACACUGCUACUGGUAUGAAAAAUGGAACUCCAGUUUUUCUACAGGUUCCAUGUUUGAGUCUGUGGAAAGAGACGUAAAGCUCCUGCCAGAUGUCCAGGCCAUAUGGAGCCAUGGUUGCUUGUGCUACAGGGGGGAUUGCAUUUUUUGUGACGGUUACUUGUUUCAUAUGGUUCUGUAGGUCACAAUGUAAGAAGCACCGGAACAGGAAUUCUGAGACAAGCUCUUCAGACCCGUCUGCAGUAGCAGUGGAAUCAAAUAGAAGACAUGGGUUUAGUUCUGAAGGAGCUACUUCAAUACCUGAGGUGCAGGGAGUGAAGCAAUUCACUUUGGAAGAGUUGGAGCAAGCAACUAAGCACUUCAGUAAAGGCAAUCUUAUCGGAAAGGGUAGUUUUGGUCUGGUGUACAAAGGCUUACUUAGUGAUGGGACAAUAGUGGCAAUCAAAAGGCGCCAGAGUGCCCCUCGACAAGAGUUUGUAAAUGAGGUACUUCAUCUUUCAGAGGUCAAGCACCGAAAUAUAGUCACUCUUCUAGGUUUCUGCCAAGAAGAUGGUUCUCAAAUGCUAGUUUUUGAAUAUGUACCAAAUGGCAGUCUGAGCAGCCAUAUAUAUGUAUUUUGUUGUUUGUCAGAUAAUGGACAAGAAUCAAUAACAACACUGGAGUUCAAACAAAGACUAUCCAUAGCCCUAGGGGCAGCUAAAGGUUUAUGCCACUUGCAUAGUCUCAUACCUCCUGUUGUACACAAGAACUUCAGAAUGUCCAACGUCUUAGUCGAUGAAAACUUCAUUGCUAAAGUUGCAGAUGCAGGGAUCUCAAAACUACUUGAAAGAAUUGAAGAUCCCAGUUCUUCAUCUCAAACUGGUGGCAAUGUUUUCCAAGAUCCCGAGGUAAGAGAAUCAAGAACAUUCUCUGAAAUGAGUGAUGUGUACAGCUUUGGGAUAUUUCUUUUGGAGCUCAUAACAGGACAAGAGACAUUAAAGAUCAAUUCCUUGGGAUCCCAUGAAAGCUUGAUGCAGUGGGUAAAAUCAUGUCUGCAUUCAAACAAUUUUGUGGACCAUCGGCUAGCUAGUUGUUUCACUUUAGAGGGAAUGAAGAAUUUGACAAGGUUGAUGUUUCAAUGCAUGAACAUAGUUGGAAAAGGGCGACCCAAGAUGGACAUGGUUAUGUUGGAGCUUGAACGAAUACUAGAAAAUGAGAUGACAUUGACAACAGUCAUGGGUGAUGGAACUGCUACAGUUACUCUAGGGAGCCAAUUAUUUACUUCAGGGUGAAAUUAAAAUGAACAGUUCCAUGUGUUUGUUUUUUACAGGCCUAAAUUCUAAGAAUGUAAUGUAGUCAUUUACUUAUAGGCUAGCUCUGGUUUAAUUUCCCCCGGGAGUGUAUAAAAGCAAUCACUCAUUGCUUCUCUUGAGGGUAAGAAUGCAAAUUACUAUUUGAUUAUUUUUCAACGAUGUGGAAGCUUUUUUACAUAUGACUUUUUAGCUUCA